AUGUGGAAGACGUUGAGCAGGCUGAAACUCUACAAGAACCAGAGGCUAUUGUGUCUCGCGUGUCAAAUUUUCCUCUCAAGUCCGAGGCAGAGACAAGAGCCCGAAAUAUGUAAGGGGUUUUUGGACGAGUUGCUCACCUACCCUUCGCCAACGACCUUCAAGCUCAUCAUUGGGCUUACAUACCGGCGUCUGAGCAAGGAAACGGCCAUGGUGCCCAAGGGCGACUACCACCGAGUAGAGCUUUACAGUGGCUUCGACUUGGGUCUCCCAGUUGAUGAGAUAGUCACAAGGCUAAGCGUCGUCUACAACGUUGGCGAUGUCGGACCCGUCUAUGUCACGUCCUACACUGCACAUGGAAAGAGCCAUGAGAGGCUGAUCAAGGCGAACGUGGCUCUCGUCUCCAAUUCUAUCCAGGCAUUGGAGAAAGUGUGUCCCAAAUAUUCCUUCUUCACUCUACAGACGGGGGAAGUUUACGCUUUGUUGUCCUUGUAUUCGUCCGCAAGCCUCUCCGUUAUGCGCGCGCAGACUGACCCCGCGUCGCAGCAUUACGGCCUCAAAUUCAUUGAACACAUCAAGAUUGAGAUUCCGUUAAAGGAAUCAGCUCCGCGCGUGCCAUCGCCUUGGGGAGACAAGAUCUUCUACUACGUUCAGGUCGACGAGAUCAAGAGGCUGGCAAGGGGCAAGAAAUGGGAAUGGUGUGAACUCCGCCCCGAUGCGAUUGUAUGCCGUCCAGCACCAUCUCCCUCUCCCUUCCCUCCGAUUGACCGAGGGUCUUGCGCUCCCUGGAAGAGUUGUGCCCUCGGCCUCCACGUAUUGGCGAGAAAGACAGGCGCGUGUGGAGAUGUCAAAGGGCCGGUUGGGAUCCGCAUGAAGAAGCAAGGGUGA